AUGUCUAGCCCUGAUCCGAACUAUCCUCAGUUUCCCAAACUUUCAAUUGAUGAAAUCAAAGCCGAAUUAGUUCCUGAAGUGAGCCACUGGGCACUGACCAAUGGAUUAGUGAUGUACCCACCGACUUUUAACGUUUCCCAGAGUUCAGUGGCUCCAAUUACUCUGUAUCCAACACCUUUUCCUCGCAAAAGUUUCGAGCAGGCGGUUUCUGUACAGACUUUGUACAACAAAUUGUAUGCCAAAAUCUCCCAAGACAAAGAUGGCUGGCUCAGUAGUCGAAUCGAAGAGCUAGCUAAAUUCGAUGCAGAGUUCACGGGAAAACUUUGGGAGUUGCAUUUAGAGGCCAAGAAAAGAGGUCUCAGCCAAAAGUUAGCGCUUGGAUUGUUUAGAUCUGACUACCUCUUGGAUGCAGACAGCUUGAUGGCUAAACAAGUCGAGUUCAACACAGUGUCUGUGUCCUUUGGUGGACUCUCUACGAAAGUGGGACAAGUGCACCGAUUUUUGAAUGACACGGGGAAAUACUCGCAAAACAGUGGUGCUCCGUUUUACAGUGAAGAACUUCCAGUGUCAGAUUCUUCUAGUUUGUUGUCCAGGGGCUUGGCCGAUGCUGUCAAAAAAUUCGAGACCAGUGAGACACAUACGGUGGUGGCAUUUAUUAUUCAAAAGGGCGAAAGAAACGUAUUUGAUCAGCGUGUCUUGGAAUAUAAGCUUUUCCAGGAUUAUGGCAUCAAAUCGGUGCGUCUUACUAUCCAUGAUAUUAAUACCAAAACCACAAUGGAUCCAAACACCAAAAGACUAUUUUACAAUCCCACUGGUGAAGAAAUUUCUGUUGUUUAUUUCAGAGCUGGAUACUCUCCACAGGACUUCACAAACAGCCAGGACUGGGAAAAUAGAUUACUUCUAGAGACCAGCUACGCCAUAAAAGCUCCAAAUCUACUAACCCAGCUAGCUGGUGUCAAGAAGGUACAACAAAUUCUAACUGAGGAGUCCACCCUGAAGCGUUUUGUGCCCGAUGAGAAAGAGCGCGCGUCUUUGGUUGACUCUUUCGUGAAAAUUUACCCGAUGGACGACUCUGAAGUGGGUGAAAAGGCCAAAAAGAUGGCCAUGAAAUCGCCCGAGCGUUUCGUUUUAAAGCCACAGCGCGAGGGUGGUGGUAAUAACAUUUACAAAACAGACAUUCCACUAUUCUUGAAAACCAUUCCUGAACAUGAAUGGAGCGGAUUUAUCUUGAUGGAGCUCAUCAAACCGUUACCAACUACCGAGAACGUAGUUAUCAGAGGCGAGAAAAUCCUCCAAGAGCCUAUUCUGAGUGAGCUUGGCAUUUUCGGAUGCGUUCUAUUCGACGAGAACGAGAUUUACUCUAACGACUAUGCUGGGUGGCUUCUAAGAUCUAAGUCCAGUACUUCUGACGAAGGUGGAGUGGCUGCGGGCUUCGGCUGCGUCGACAGUGUUGUUUUGUAUUGA